CCAAAUCCGGGGUAGAAGAGGCGCCAACACUGUUUUAGCACAGCGUGAGGUGACCGUCGCCUAAUAAACGUGACUUCUGUGGCUUCUGUGGCGUCGUCUGGCCCGCGAUCCGAGGCCGUCCUCCGGCUUUUCUUCGCUGUCUCUUCCUCUCCGCUGUCCGCUGUCCCCGCCGUUUGUCAGCCAGGCCAAUGCCUCCGCAGUCGCUCUACUAUCAACGGUGCUCCAAGAAUUCACUCUCUACGUCCUCCUUCUAGCCAGUCUCUACGCUGUGUCUACCUUUUUCCUCUAUAUAUUAUUCGCGUACUUCGCGCCAUACAUACACGACUGCCAGCUAUGGCUCCCUUUGUGACCCUGGACAACACUGACGACCUCGACUUGACCCCGCCUCCUUCCUCCAAAACUUCUUCCUCUCAAUCCCGCACACUCCUCCUUGCGCCACCAUCCAUAUCCUCACAUCCAGAAACCCUCAAUCGAAUAUUUGCCGACUACAAUCGCAAUGUCACAGACCUCCAGAUGCUCGAUCGACUGGCCAUGGGCCUUGUCUCGCUCCCCGAUUCUACCUACGACGUCGUGCUACUUCUGACCGACGCCGAUGGUACCCGCGCAGAGAGCCAGAAGCUGUUACAUAGACAUCUAAUGGAGAAGAUUGUUGCUACAAUGAAGCCUGGAGCCUGUCUGAAAAGUCAGGAUGGCAGUUUCGGUGCCAGCAACACCGCCGAGCACACAGAGGCCAUUCUCUCUGGUCUCGUGCGCCAGGACAAUGACGGCAUGGUGAAGCCAGACACAUCUUCAAGCGCGUCGGUACCGCUGCGAUUUGGAAAGAAGAAGACGAAUGGGACACCUGUGACGGCAAUCAGCGAGGCAGUGCCAGUCACAUCUAAUGUGAAGAGAAAGGUCGAUGAGGUUGCAAACCCAAGUGGUGUAGGCUUCGUCGACUUUAGUGAUGACCUGGACCUCAUGAUUGCGGGGGAGGAUGAUGAUGACCUGGUCGAUGAAGACGACCUUCUGACCGAGGCCGACAAGGCACGACCUGUGACACAGCCCCCCGAGUGCAGACCCAAGGCAGGCAAGCGACGCCGUGCAUGUAAAGAUUGCACUUGUGGCAUGAAAGAGAAGCUUGAAGCCGAGGAUGCCGCAAAGCGCCAUGCUGCAGACACAGCUCUCGGCGCCAUGAAACUCGAGGCAGACGACCUCGCAGAGGUUGACUUCACAGUGCAAGGAAAGGUUGGCAGCUGUGGGAACUGCGCACUGGGUGACGCUUUCAGGUGCGAUGGCUGCCCAUAUAUUGGACUACCAGCUUUCAAGCCGGGCGAAGAAGUUCGUCUGCUAAACAACGACAUCCAAUUAUAGAUAGUAUAGGAUGGCGUUGGAAUAUGGUGGCGUAACUUUCGGAUAUCAUUUUUUGGUGUAGCAGACGUUGUGCGGAACAUAUACCGACUUAGCAUUGGCUGCGGAACAGGACUUACUGUAUGAUUGUAACUAUGGGUGUGUAGGGAGACUCUAAAAAAUAUACCUAGAUAAUUAGUCUCCGUUGUAUACAAGCUGCAUACCAAUAGGACUACAAUAAGCAUACACACAUGAUGCUGAAGCCUAGAGCCGCCCAUCAUAACAG